CCCCACGUUAUUAUUAAUCCAAAACCAACACCACCAGCAUUAAUAUUUAACUCUAGAAAACAUUUAACACCACCUCAGCCAGAAAAACAGGCCAAAAAUGUGGUAUUAAUAUACAGAACAGAACUAUUAUGUUACACAUAAAUCUAAAAACAAAAUUAAAGAAGUAAGUAAAUGUGUGCAUGUUUUUGUUUUGGAUGGUAAGUUGUGGGCGUCUAAUAUUCUCUCUCUAAGCAAAGAGACGUAGAAGUAGCCACUUGAAUCUCUCCCCGGUAGAAAGGCACAUGAAGGAAGGGGCCACCAAACCAAACCAAACAGCAAUAGCAUAUGCCAUUUCUCUCUGUAACAAAAGUUUCUGUCUUCACACUCCAAAUGAGAAGCAUAUCUCAUCACCAAUCAUCACUGCUACAGCUUACUCGUCUCCCUGCCCUGCCAGUGCCUUCACUUCACUUGCACUCUUUAGAUCAUAAUUGAAUUGAAUUUGUUGAUGAUGAACAGACUGGUGGUAGAAGUUGUGGAGGCUAGCGACCUGAUGCCCAAAGAUGGGGAAGGGUCAGCUAGCCCCUUUGUAGAGGUAAAGUUGGAUGAGCAGCAGCACAGCACUGAAACAAAGCACAAAGACCUGAAUCCUUGUUGGAAUGAAAAGUUUGUGUUCAACAUCAAUAACCCCAGAGAUCUUGCGCACAAGACAAUUGAAGUGGUUGUAUACAAUCACAACGAUAGGAACCACAAUAACUUCCUCGGAAGGGUGAGACUUUCAGGCGCCUCUAUCCCUCUAUCGGAGUCCCAGGCUCGUGUGGAACGCUACCCACUUGAGAAACGUGGCCUCUUCUCAAACAUCAGGGGAGAUAUUGCUCUCAGAUGUUAUGCGGUGCAUGAUCAUGCUGAUGCUGAGGAACACCAUCACCCCCAAGUAGACACUCCUGCUGCUGAGGAGGCGUAUCAGGGCACUCCCUUUCAAGAAAUAAACCCCAACAUCAACAUGGUGCUAGAUGAGGAAAGCGUGGUUGGUGACGGGGACAAGAAUAAGAAGAAGAAGAUGAAAAAGAAAGAGAAGGAAGUCAGGACUUUUCACUCUAUUCCAGCAGCAGCGAAGGCAUACCCGGCGCCGGCAAUGGAAACAACGCAAAGGAGGGUUGAUUUUGCAAAAGCUGGGCCACCCAAUGUAAUGUUAAUGCAGCAGAUCCCUAGGCAAAAUCCUGAGUAUUCGUUGGUGGAGACUAGUCCACCACUGGCGGCUCGUUUGCGCUAUAGAGGAGGAGGAGGAGGGGACAAGAUAUCCACCACCUACGACUUAGUGGAACAGAUGAAUUACUUGUACGUGAAUGUCGUCAAGGCUAGGGAUCUACCUGUCAUGGAUAUAACUGGAAGCCUUGACCCUUAUGUGGAAGUCAAGCUUGGUAACUACAAGGGCCUGACCAAGCACUUGGACAAGAACCAGAACCCUGUCUGGAAGCAAAUCUUUGCCUUCUCCAAGGACAGGUUGCAGUCCAAUUUGCUUGAAGUCACCGUCAAGGAUAAGGACAUUGGCAAGGAUGAUUUUGUGGGGAGAGUUAUGUUUGAUCUCACCGAGGUUCCUCUUCGGGUACCCCCUGACAGCCCCUUGGCUCCUCAAUGGUACAGACUGGAGGACAAGAAGGGCCAAAAAAUUCAUAAUAACGGGGAAAUCAUGCUUGCGGUUUGGAUGGGAACUCAAGCGGAUGAGUCCUUCCCGGAGGCCUGGCACUCUGAUGCUCACAACGUUAGUCACUCCAACCUUUCAAACACCCGCUCAAAGGUCUACUUCUCCCCCAAGCUUUACUAUCUUAGAGUUCAAGUAAUCGAGGCUCAGGAUCUCGUUCCUUCCGAAAAAGGAAGGCCCCCUGACUCCCUUGUUAGAGUGCAGCUAGGGAAUCAGAUGAGAUUCACCCGGCCUUCUCAAAUUAGAGGCACCAACCCUGUUUGGAAUGACGAGCUUAUGUUUGUGGCCGCCGAGCCAUUUGAGGAUUUUAUCAUUGUCACUGUUGAGGACAAAGUUGGUCCUAAUGUUGAAAUCUUAGGAAGGGAGAUCAUAUCCGUCAGAAGUGUUCUUCCCAGACACGAGUCCAGCAAGAAGCUCCCCGAUUCUCGUUGGUUCAAUUUACACAGGCCCAAUGCGGUUGGCGAGGAAGAAACACAGAAAAAGAAGGAGAAAUUCUCAAGCAAGAUUCACCUCCGAGUGUGUCUUGAGGCCGGCUACCACGUGCUUGAUGAGUCCACGCAUUUCAGCAGUGAUCUUCAGCCAUCCUCCAAACAUUUGAGGAAGAAAAACAUUGGAAUUCUCGAACUUGGGAUCCUUAGUGCCCGCAAUUUGCUGCCCAUGAAGGCCAGGGAAGGGAGGACUACUGAUGCAUACUGUGUGGCCAAGUAUGGCAACAAAUGGGUUCGAACCAGAACUCUGCUUGAUACUCUCUCCCCUCGAUGGAAUGAGCAAUAUACCUGGGAGGUUCAUGAUCCGUGCACUGUCAUCACAGUUGGGGUUUUUGACAACCACCACAUCAAUGGGAGCAGUGAUGCCAGAGAUCAGAGAAUUGGAAAGGUGAGAAUCAGGUUGUCAACUCUGGAGACUGAUAGGGUGUAUACUCAUUUUUAUCCUCUGCUGGUUCUCCAACCCAAUGGCCUGAAGAAGAAUGGAGAGCUUCACUUGGCAGUGAGAUUCACUUGCACCGCAUGGGUUAACAUGGUAGCCCAGUAUGGUAGGCCUUUGCUGCCCAAAAUGCAUUAUGUCCAACCAAUACCCGUCAGGCACAUAGAUUGGCUCCGCCACCAGGCCAUGCAGAUUGUGGCAGCUCGCCUAUCUAGAGCCGAGCCACCCCUUAGGCGUGAAGCAGUUGAGUACAUGCUCGACGUUGACUACCACAUGUGGAGUUUAAGGAGAAGCAAAGCCAACUUUCAACGCAUAAUGUCACUCCUCAAAGGAGUUACAGCUAUUUGCAAAUGGUUUGAUGACAUCUGUACCUGGAGAAACCCAAUCACAACCUGCCUUGUUCACGUCUUGUUCUUGAUACUGGUUUGCUACCCGGAAUUGAUACUGCCCACCAUUUUUCUUUACUUGUUUGUAAUUGGUAUUUGGAAUUACCGGUUCAGGCCAAGGCAUCCACCCCACAUGGAUGCUAGGCUUUCACAAGCAGAAGCUGCUCACCCAGAUGAACUGGACGAGGAAUUUGACACUUUUCCAACAACAAAACCUUCAGAUAUUGUGAGAAUGAGGUAUGACAGAUUGCGGAGUGUGGCAGGUAGAGUGCAGACUGUGGUUGGAGAUUUGGCUACUCAAGGAGAAAGAGCUCAAGCCAUACUUGGUUGGAGAGACUCCAGGGCUACAUCCAUCUUCAUCAUCUUCUCACUCAUUUGGGCUGUUUUCAUUUACAUUACUCCCUUCCAAGUCGUUGCAAUUCUAGUUGGCCUCUAUAUGCUACGUCAUCCUCGGUUUAGGAGCAAGAUGCCAUCGGUACCAGUUAAUUUCUUCAAGAGAUUGCCUUCCAAAUCAGAUAUGCUGAUAUGAUGACCCGCUUCUGUUUCUCUUUUCUUUUUAUCCAUCAUCCACCACCUAAUAACGUAUGAAUAAACACACCUUCACCAUUACAACACGUAAAUUAAAGAGGGUACAUCAAAUAUGUGCACAUACAUAGUACCCCUCCAAUUUCAUUAGCAAAAACACACUUUCAUUGUAUGAAAGUAUAUAUGUAAAUCCCAAAGCUUCAGUUUCAGCUAUGAAAAUAAAUAUUCUUCGUGCU